AAUUGCCUUCACCCUUUACAACUACACUGUUCUCUACAUUUAAACUGCCCUAGAAUGAUCCUUCUCCGGAUGGUUUCUGUUUCCCAUCCACCACCAACUACCACGCCAUCCGACCAAAAGAAGAAUAUCAUACGCUUCAUAGGCACCUAGAUACGCAUUUUAUUGGUUAUCGCCACCUAUCACCACCUUGUACUCCUUGGUGUCGCUGCCAUCCGUAAUGGAUACUCUCCCAUAUGAGCUCGUAGAGCGUAUCGUCCACGAUGCGAUAUACAACCCAGGAAAAGGGGGCUGGUUUGGAGGGCUAGCCUUGAUGCGCCGUCGAUCUCAUCAUGAACCAGAGGCGGCAAGAAUUGCAGCAACAUGCCGUACCUUCCAGAAGGCCGUUGAAAGCAAGACGUUUAAUGACAUUGACCUCGACCGUUCCCGACUUUCAGAGGCCAAAGAAAUUCUGUCUCGCGUCCCACACCGCGCCCAAGUUAUCACGAAGAUAAACUUUAAGGGUAAUUCAAGGGGGGGGAAACACGAAGUACAGACUUUUGCUCGGGACGUAAACGCACUUUUCGAUUUCCUUGCUUGGCUUCGGAGUAAACUUCGACCCUUGCAAAGCAUGGCGUUGACUAUCGACGGGCUCUCAUUUCACAGAGCCUUUGAUUCUCAAUCACCCCUACACUAUCUAGAUUCCCCUUACUGUGACCCCUCCCGGCUCUCAUUCGUGUCUGAUCUAAGCCUUUGGCGUGCAGGGAUGCCCGAAUGUACCAUUCCCGAGACUUUGCGGUGCAUAACUUCCAAGUUUGCGAACCUAGAAACACUUUCCUGGGGAUUCUGGGAAUGGGAACAUGAUCUUGUUCGCGGGCGAGCUCAUCGCUCCGGUUGGUUCAAUCACUCCACAUAUAUACCCGUCAGUUCUAACAUUUUCCUAGGUAUUGCUAAUUCUUUCGAUCAAAUCCCGGCCUCGGUGAAAACGUUCGACUUCUUCUAUGAUUAUAUGCCUAAUAUCCCUAAAUAUAACCACGUGGAUCCUCCUACACUUAGGGUUAUUCAAGGCGGCGUUGAAGAAGAGUUGACUUUCAAAACGUACCAAACUUCUCAGAAGCUUGAAAAGGUGGAUUACAAAUUGUCCGUUUGUUCCGCUCAACUGUUUUGGCCCGACAAGGUCUCACAGGAACAACUUCCUUACUGGCCUCACUUGCGCGAGUAUUACGUUGAAUAUCGCCUAUGCACCCCGGCACAGCAGCAACUUUUCCAACUCGAGAAUAUCUCGCCAGAGCCCGAGUACCCUGACCCACGCGAAACAACGAUCGAGCAAUUUAUAGAGCUCCUAUGUCGAAUCAAGCCGAUUGAAUCUCGUCUGAACCAGUUCUACCUCGCAGUUGCACUCGCCAUCGCACGUAUGCCAAAGCUAGAGUACAUGAAGAUAGAAUUAGAUGCUCAAUACCACGAGAUCGCCGAUCCCCAUCAGUUUUCUUUCGAUGUAGGUGGAAGAACCGCUAUUGCAACGUGGCAUUGCUCGGAAUUCAUUCCAGACAGCGAGGUCAUAGACACAAUGAAGAAGGCAGCCUAUCACCGUGAUCUUGAGCUAGUAGUUCGCUACACCUCUUCGGCUCAGGAAUAUAAAGAAGCUGAUGAGAUGGAGUAGUGAUGGUGGCGGCUAACAGUCCGAAGCAUCCUCCGGUACAGGGAGAUGAAGUAUAGAAUAUCCCUACUCGCACUUCCUCUCAUUUAGAAUAGCAAAUAGCAAUUGAGAAUCACAUAUCGCCUACGUUGCGCUUUGA